GAGUUUGACUCUAUUUUUAACUCUUUCCUUUUUUUCUUCCUCUAGUUGUGUCAUGUCUUCUUCUCCUAGCAUUACUGAGGGCAGUGAUGCCAGUGUGUACAUGGAUAGGCUUGAUGAAUGGAUUCAAGAUGAGGGGAAAAUUGUUACGUAUAAAUGGUUGAGCAGGACUCUCUCCCUAUCAGUAACUAGUGCCAAACAAAUACUCUCUUCCUAUGUCGAGAAAUGUAAAGAAAAAACUGAUCCAGAUGAUGCUGCAAUACAUGUAUUCUAUACAUUAACAGGACAAGACAAGGACACUAGUGGUAUAAUGGUCCUCCUAGUCGAUGAAGAGGAUAGAGAGAAAUAUGAAUCACAGUUGCAGGCUGUUUACAAUGUUGCUGUGUACAGUGUCCAAAAAUCUAAGCCAAAAGACACAGCUGCAUUGUAUAAUAGCGAUCGUCAGUGUAUGUUGGAUCACUUGUCCUCCUAUUCGCAAUGGAAUCUUAUUAAAUGUCCUAAUAUGGCCACCAGACCAAUCAACAAUACCACACCCACAACCACCACUAUUGAAGCAGCUGAUCAUUCAACUUCCAGUGUAUGCCAUUUUGCUAGCAAGCCAACAAAAAGGAAGCCCAUCAAUAAAGAUUCUGUUACUUCAUUCUUUGGCAAAGCACAAAAGCAGCAGACCGGCACUAGUAAAAGCAGCAGCAGCAACGAAAAAGAAAACUCGCCAAUAAUGAGAAAGAAAGAGUCAAUCACAUCAAGUGUCAAGAGGUCAAGUGAUACUACUCUUCAAGCUAAGCCAUCCAAUGGACCUCCUCCUCUCAUCAAAAAAGAAUUAGUAGAAGAAGAAGAGGCAUUGCUGGAUAAGGAACAAGAUAAUUCAACAUCAGCACAGGCUCCUAUUGAAUCAGAACAUAUUAGAAUGGUAAAGAAAGAAGGCAAAAUUGAGGACUCAGAAGGACCUAAAGCUAAGAGAAAGCCUACAAAGAAAGUUUUAGAUCCUAAGCCAAAGGCCACACAAUCAAAAAGGAAGAGGAAAAGAAUACAAAACAUGUCAAGCGAUGAGAGUGACUCAGAGCCAGACCAGCAACAGAAAAGUUUACCAGCAACCAGCAUCACUGACAGGACAGAGUCAUCUUCCCCUGCUAGCAGUGCCACUAAAAAGAGAAAGAGAGUAAAGAAACUAGUCACCAAGAUGUUUGUAGAGGAAGAUGGAUCAAUGGUAACUGAGAAACAUUGGGAGGAGGUUUCAACUGAUGCAAGUGAUGAAGAGAAACCAACUCUUCCUACUCCUUCCCCAAUGGUUGCUAGUAGUAAAAUGGCUGGCAGUAGUACUGGAAAGAAGAAGAAAGGAACUCAAGCAUCUCUAAUGAGUUUCUUUGGAAAAUGAUGCACACAUACACAGCAUAUCACUUAACUGUAAUGGCCAGACUUAAUCGUAUGAAUAAAAUAUGAAUAAACUCAAUGUUCAUAGUAAUUUAACUAUAAUUUCCAGGAGAGUUCCCACCAUGAAAA